AUGAAGGUCAUUUGGGGAGAUUGGGACGAGGCGUAUGUGGAGGUGGCCCCCCGAAUGUGUUAUGAAGCUUCCAAUAAGGCUGUGCAGGACUCGAUGGAGCACUUUCCGGGGUUGGAGGAUUUCUACGAGGAGAAGCACCGGGCCCCACAGAUUGCCAGCGGAGAGCGCUUGAAGACCCUUCGAGUCAGAGGUCACACGGCGCACAUACUGUUCGACGACCGGUACGUCCCGUACCUACGGCGGGCGAAGCUCUUGGCGUUCGUGACCAUGGCGCAGCGACCGGUGCCUCUGUACAACGCCGCUGCUCUGACGGCCCUAGUGGACCGGUGGCGUCCAGAGACACACACCUUCCACCUACCGUGCGGGGAGCUGACGGUCACUCUGGAGGACGUCGCCAUGAUCCUGGGUCUUCCUAUCCGGGGUCAGGCGGUCACAGGUGACACAGCGUCGGGGAACUGGAGGGAGAGGGUCGAGGAGUACCUUGGUCUGGAGCCUCCAGUGGCACCUGAUGGUCAGAGGCAGACGAAGACAUCAGGGGUUCCUUUGAGUUGGUUGCGAGCCAACUUCGGUCAGUGUCCCGCUGAGGCAGACGAGGCUACAGUACAGCGAUACUGCAGGGCGUACGUGCUGUACAUCUUCGGCAGUAUUCUGUUCCCUGACUCUGGUGGAGACAUGGCUUCUUGGAUGUGGCUGCCAUUGCUCGCGGACUGGGACGAGGCGGGUACCUUCAGCUGGGGGUCGGCUGCCCUAGCCUGGUUGUACCGGCAACUCUGUGAUGCUUGCCGAAGGCAAGGCGGGGACGCGAACCUAGCAGGCUGUGUUUGGUUGCUACAGUUGGUCGGCCCAUGUGGAGGACCCAUCAGGCUUGGCCGCACCAGGAUGCAGACCGACGUCCCACUGUGGUGUGGAUGCCAUAUCAGGCACAGGAAGUGCUCGAGCUAG